GAUACUCUAUAAACCGAUGGUCUGCUGAGCAUAUGUGUGAUUAUCAUCAAAAUACAACAAGAUGAAGUUUGAAGUUUUAUUCCUGUGUUUGGUUUCUAUUCCGACGGUACUUGCAGAGACAAAUGCCACAGAUUCGAUUAUCUCGACUGUAAGGGAAAGAGAUACUUUCAGCGGAUAUGCACCGACAACGAGCGACUGCCCAUCCAGCGACAGACCCGUUCUGCGCGACUCGCUUUCUACAUCUUCGCAAGAAUUAUCCUGGCUGAAGAAGCGACGUGCGAACACGGUACCUGCACUACGCGAAUUUUUGGGUCGUCUCAAUAUUACCGGUUUUAAUUCCAACUCCUAUAUUGAUAAUGCGAGAAACACCUCUCAGUUAUCAAAUAUUGCUAUUGCAGUGUCUGGUGGCGGGUAUCGUGCCCUGAUGAAUGGCGCCGGGGCGAUCGCCGCAUUCGAUAACCGAACCUUGGGCUCAAUUGCCAGUGGCCAUCUUGGGGGGCUUUUGCAGUCUACGACAUAUCUAGCUGGUCUCUCUGGUGGCGGUUGGCUUCUUUCCUCUCUUUACGGAAACGAAUUUCCUACUGUUGAGGAGAUCCUCAGCAACGAGCGUGCCAAUCCGCUUUGGCAGUUCCAAAAUCCCAUUUGGAUAGGCCCCGACCUUGGUGACACUGGGACAUCUAAUGCUGAAGCAUAUUUUGAGGCGCUCCUAAAUCAAGUUCAGUCUAAAGCAGAUGCUGGAUUCAAUACUUCAAUGACCGACCUCUGGGGUCGAGCAAUUGCUUAUCAACUUCUCAACACUACAAACAUCGAUAAUUCACAUACGUUCUCUUCGAUUCAAACUAGUACGAAAUUUGCGAGCGGGACUAUACCAAUGCCGAUUCUGGUCGCCGACGGACGAAAAGAUGGUCAAACAGUUUUCUCGUCUAAGGAUACUACAAACUAUGAGUUCAAUCCAUGGGAAAUGGGCUCCUUCGAUGAUAUUGGAUUUGCGCCGUUGAAAUAUGUUGGGUCCGACUUCAAUGGGGGAAAGAUUGCAGCGGAUAAAAAAUGCGUGACUGGUUAUGAUCAGUUAAGCUUCGUAUUCGGGACAUCAAGUUCACUAUUCAACCAAUUUGUUCUCCAGAUCAAGGAUACUAACAUGGUACCUGAUAUGCUGAAAGGUUUCAUCACUAAUAUGCUGAAGGAGGUUGGAGAUGACGACAACGAUAUCGCUGACUGGACCCCGAAUCCUUUUUACGGCUGGAAAUCUUCGACAAACCCUAGUGCAAAGUCUAAACGCCUGACUCUUGUUGAUGGUGGUGAAGAUCUACAAAAUAUUCCUUUCACGCCCCUGAUACAGGCAGUGCGUGGAGUGGACGUCAUCUUUGCCGUCGACUCUUCCGCAGACACGCUCUCCCCAAGGGGAAUGAACUGGCCAAAUGGCACGGCAAUAGUUGCAACAUACGAGCGUUCCCUAGCACAAGAUAAUGGCACCACUUUCCCCUCAAUCCCCGAUAUCAACACAAUCGUCAAUCUUGGUUUGAACUCUCGGCCAACUAUGUUUGGCUGUGAUGCGCGCAACUUGUCAUCUACCAGUACAGCACCCAUAGUAGUGUAUCUUCCAAAUUCUCCCUACGUGUAUCACUCGAAUGUCUCUACUUUCACCAUGUCCUACGAGCUCGAAGUGCGCAACGCGAUUAUUCAAAAUGGUUACGACGUAGUCACCAUGGGAAAUGCUACCGUUGAUUCAGAGUGGCCCACUUGCGUCGGAUGCGCCAUCAUGUCCCGAAGCUGGGACCGAACCAAUACAACAACUCCGGAGGUAUGCAAGAGCUGCUUCACAAAGUACUGCUGGGAUGGCACAAUCAACUCCACCACGCCGGUUGCAUAUGAGCCAAAAUUCGUCUUAGCUGCCAUCCAAAGUGGUGCAGCUGCAAACUUGGGUUUUGAGGCUCGCUGGCUUCUUGUAGCUACUAUAGGGACUGUUACAGCGAUGACGUACAUCCUUUAAAAGAUAGGAGCAUGCUUUAGAACUAGCUAACGCGUUGAUUCUCAUCUAUCAAAACAAUUCUACAAGGGCUAUAAAGCACACUUGAUUUCUUAACUCGCUUUUAAAAUUUAUUUUAUAUGUACCUUAUCA